CAAGAGCCACCGAAGAAAAGAAAGACAGGAUGGUGGAGGCGAAGAGGAACAAGGUCCUUGGUCCUUAAGGAGGAUUUUAGAAAGUUCGUGAAUAAGAGGCUAUGAAUAAAAGAAAUAAUAACGAUUGUUUGCUAUGGUGAAUUACGAAUCAUUAAUUAAGACUUUGUUUCCGAUAGAUUAGAGCUUUUAUACCGGCCCGAGUAAUUUCAAUUGUCAUUAAGACACAAUCAACUAUCGAUAAUAUUAUGAAACCUAUUAUUGAAGUGCAAGAAGGAAAAUUGCGUGGAAUCAAAGAAAACAAUAUCAAUGGAAUUCAUUUCUACGCAUUUCGCGGCAUUCCGUAUGCGAGGCCGCCGAUUGGAGAUUUACGAUUCAAGGAUCCAGAACCAGCAGAAUCUUGGUCCGGGGUUAAGGAUGCGAUUGAAUACGGCCCUAAAUGCGCACAAGUCAACUGGGUUACCGGAAAAAUAGUAGGAAUGGAAGAUUGUCUGUACCUAAAUGUCUAUACGACGGAAUUGAAUCCCAAAGUACUGAGAGCUGUUAUGUUUUGUAUCCACGGUGGAAAUUUUAGUUUUGGAACCAGCAACGAUGAAACUCAUGGUCCAGAUUACCUCAUUGAAAAAGAAAUCGUUCUAGUUACAGUAAAUUACCGACUUGGAGUACUAGGAUUUUUGAAUUUAGAUGAUGAAGAAGUAUCCGGUAAUCAAGGGUUUAAGGAUCUAGUUCAUGCUCUAAAGUGGGUGCGUCAAAAUAUAUCGAAAUUUGGAGGGGAUCCAAAUAAUGUUACACUUAUAGGGCACAGUGCAGGAGGUUCAUCUGUUCAUUAUUUGACUGUUUCUCCACUUGCCCAAGGACUAUUUCAUAAGGCUAUUUUACAAAGCGGAGUUGCUAUUAAUCCAUGGGCACGGGCACCAAAAAAUAUGAAAGGAAAAGCUGAAAAGUUAGCAUCGAUAUUGGGAAAUAAAAUUAGUGAUUCAAAAAAACUUGUUGAGUUUCUAAGAGGGAUUGAUGUAUUUGAUUUAAUAAAGGCACAAGAAUCGUUUCUGACAUGGAAGGACAGACUAUUUAGUAUAAAUGUAUUUGGGCCAUCAGUGGAUUCAAAAUCAAAAGAUCCAUUUUUGGGAAUUCCAAUUGAAGAAGCUGUAAAAUCGGGUAUUAGAGUACCUUGUAUAAUUGGCCACGUUUCCCAUGAAGGUCUUAUCAUUCUUUCAGGAUUGAAAAACGAUAAUUACGGUGAAAUAAAUGACAACCAAGAAGAAUUAUUGAUACAUCCACACGCGAAGAAGAAUUUGAAAGAUAUAAAUAUCACAUAUAGGGAUAUGAAACAGUUUUUUAUGGGCGGUAGUGAAAUUUCACCGGAAAACGUUAAAAAGUUCGUAGAUUUGAUCACUGCCGCACAUUUCGUUAUCGACAUCCAUCGCACGCUUGAUAUUCAAACUAAAAUUACAGAGGUACCGACUUUUAUGUACAAAUUUGAUCAUUACUCAAAAGAAACAUCCAUGAUGCAGAAAAUAACCCGCGUUGAUUUAGAAGGAACUUGCCACGUUGAAGACUUAAGAUAUAUAUAUUAUCCAAAAUGGUGCAGAAAGGUCGGAAUCGAACCAUCACAUAAGCCCGGGUCAAUAGAAUUUUUGAAUCACCAAAGAUUUUUGGAAUUAUGGACCAAUUUCGCGAAAACCGGUAAUCCAACGUCGACACGAUCAGAAUUGAUUCCUUUCGAAUGGCAGCCAAUUGGUCGUUCAGCCGAAUUAAAUUGUUUGAAAAUUUCAAAAGAAUUCAAAAUGAUCAAAGAGCCAUUUCUGAUAGAUAAAAUAUCAAAAAAUUUGAAGACCCAAAUUUGUAUCUCUAACUAAAGUCAGUGAAAAAAAAUGAAUAAUUAUUAUUAAUGUGUAAUUAAAUCCUGAAUUAUUUUUUAUAAUGACUAUCAGACUAAAUUGGAAUUAAUUGAUGAAUUGAAUUGGU